AUGAAUCCACCCAAGCGAUCUGCAGAGUUAAUGACGUCUUUUCUGGGAGACUGCGAAUUAACACUGCGGCGACCCAUUAACUAUGAGCCACCUAUGUAUCUUUUUCCAGAGUUGCUUCCCAGGGUUCCGGAAGGCACCCCUCCCCUCUCUGUAAGUGAUGCUAUCGCUGAUGCCAUUGAUGUGGAAGCCUCUUCGCUGGAUAUCGCUGCGUUGUGUAAUAUUCCUCAAAUAGAAUUGCGAGAAGGUACAGGAGAUUUACAACGAGGAGACGCGAAUGAGGCAUCAUCUGCUAGUAAUUCUGUUGAAUUGUCAGAUAUGCAUAUUAUAGCGUCCCUCUUGGCAUCAAACCGCUUACAGAUAGCUGGACUCACGGCAGAUAUGCUGAAAUCUGGGGGUUUUUCUUCACGAUCUAUUGUGGAAAAAUUAAGGACGCUGAUAGAGCGCGCCAGACUGAGUAGUAUCGAAGCAAAAGCGAUCAUGUCCCCCACAUUUCUUAACCUCCUUAACUGGCGUUCCCUUACAGAAAAUGAAAGCCGGUAUCUGUCGAAUAGAAGAAAAAGAGAACCAGAAUCUGAGCUACCUGAUAGGAGGGUUCGACCACGUCAGGAAUUGGUAGAGGAAACAGAAAUCGCUUUACUACAGCCAUCUAAUGACCCUUGGAGUAGUGAUGUAGAUCUUACCCCGGGUGUAUUUGUUGCAGCUGGGGAGCGAGAUGUGGAGAGGAGAAAUGAAGCUCUAGUUGCUCUCAGUAACGUUUUAUCUUCUUCUUGGCGAUCACUACGUUCAAUUGGAAUACAAACAGAUCGAUUUGUUCCUGGAUCAAUAAAUGAAACAUCUCCUUAUGCGGAUCCCUUAAAAAUUCCAGGUGGUACUAUGGAUGUAGAACAAGAUCUUGGUUGGAAACCUCAGGAAGGAGAGGAGGAUUCAAAGAGUAAUUGGCUACUGCGCGUGACAUCAUCCAUUACUUCAAGUACCAAAGUAUUUCCUAUGAAAAAUGGGAUUAUGAACUUUGGUAGGAAUGCUGGAGUGACAAGUGCUGUAUAUGGUAGCGUGACAAACGUUCAUGUAGGAUUAUCCUCCUUUACUGCUCACCCUGAGUUCAUCUCUCCCCAUCACUUUUCUCUGAUGCUACUUCCAGCUCAGUCCACAUGCCCCGAUGACAAUCUAGGGACUGCGACUCAGCAAAGAGAAGGUAGUAUUGAAGAGAGUGGGGAUGGAGGGACUCGUUGUUUGUGGCUUAUGAACUACGGACGCAACGGUACUCGUGUUAUAGGAAAACAAUGGACACUUGGUGAUAUGGUGAGGUUGGAUAUUGGGGAUGUUCUUCAACCCACCGAUGAUAUUCGCAUCACCAUCACUGCUUCUUCACAGAAUGGUGAGGAAGAAAGUGUGGAAGUGGGGAAUGUUGCGGAGGUGGUUGUAAAGAAGGAACCCAAUAGAACGUUGGAAGAAUAA